AUGGUCCUACUAUCCAAUGAUGAGUUCCUGAGCUGUCUUCAUGAGUUGAUGCUGCGAUCAAAAGAAAAGGGCUCUGUCUACUUGACCAUGAAACGAUGUAAUCUUCUAAACUUGUGCAUAUUCCCAUCAGCUGGUGCCAACACUAAUCCCAAUAUAUCAUUAGAUGCAUAUAAACAACUCAAAUCAGCUAAAAAGUCGGAAGAUGCUAAAUCCAUUCUGCAUUCUAAAGAUACCCAGUACCAGACCCUCAUGCGAGCUACUUUUGGAAACAAAAAGCUCAGCACUUUGGUUGAUUCUUCUAAUCUAGUUCAAUUCACCGAUAAAUAUCAAACAGUCACUCGUUUGCACAUGGACUCUCUCAAAAAAAAGGAUAGGAAGGACAAGAAAGAGAAACGUAAGAACAAGAAUGAAUCUACCAACGCAGUAGUCGCAUAA